AUGAUCUCCAAUCAUCUAGUCAUCGUUGUUUUAUCUUCGUUGCUACUCUGGACUAAUGCCAAAAAAUUCUCUGUGUUACGGUUAAAUCCAUCCUCAAAAGACGAUGUCGACUUUCUUCAAAACCUCUAUAUGAACGAUGUCAAGCUGGAUUUCUGGAAGUCACCAACAGAACCUGGAAAAGAGGUGCACGUGAUGGUGAACGACGAAUCUGAAGACAGCUUUAUGGAAGCGUUGGAUUCGCGAAACAUUUCACAUUCGGUGAUGAUCGACGACGUGAAAAAGGUUAUCGUCGAUCAAAAGGAAAAACAUGAGAAGCUGAAAAGUCAAUUGCGAAUGAGGGAUUGGCGUGAUGGGAAGGUGCAGUUCAACCUUGCGCAAUACCACUCAUUUGCGGAUGUGAUCAAUUACAUGAAUGCGCUCGCAAUCACCUACCCCGAAAGGGUUUCAGUCCAACCGAUUGGUACAAGUCAUGAAGGACGUCAAAUACCGUUAAUUAAGAUCACUAAUAAACGUCUCGGAGGACAUAAGAAGGGAAUCUGGGUCGACGGCGGAAUUCAUGCCAGGGAAUGGGUAUCACCAUCGACAGUCCUAUACUUCAUUCAUGUUCUUGUCACUCAAUACGACAAAGAUCCUCAAGUGCGACAAUUCGUGGAUCAAAUAGAAUGGUACAUCGUACCGCUGUUGAACCCUGAUGGUUACGAGUACUCCCGCAGCAGCAGUGAUCCGGAAAUUCGUCUUUGGCGAAAGAACCGUAGUCCACCGAAAUGCAUUCAACAAAGCACAGGCUUAUUCUCACCGCCACGUACGGCCUGCUGCCAAGGAGUGGAUCUCAACCGAAAUUUCGACUGGUUCUUCGGACAAGUCGGCUCAUCCACAGAUCCAUGCUCUGAAAUUUAUCAGGGCGCAUACGCAUUCUCCGAGCCGGAAACGGCAGCCGUACGAGAUUUCCUUCAACGUCACAAAGUGCAUACUUUCCUUACGUUCCACUCAUAUUCACAAAUUCUAAUGUAUCCAUUCGGACAUCAAGUUAGGACUUAUUCGAACGAUCUCAAUGACUUGAGAUCAACGGCUUUAACUGCCUCUGCACAUCUGCGACGAAUGUUUGGUACCCAAUACAAGGUUGGAACAGGAGCUGACACUCUUUAUCCCGCUUCGGGUGGCUCAGAGGACUGGGCUAAAGGAAAAGGUCAUGUGAAAUACUCAUACCUUUUUGAGCUGAGGCCUGAAGAGCAGGUGUGGGACGGAUUCCUACUUGCUGAAAACCAGAUCAUGCCAACAGCGAGAGAAACAUGGGAAGCCGUAAAGGUCAUAGCCACCCAGACAUUGGCUAUCCCAACUGUCGCCCGAGCUCCUGCACGGCAUUCACGCAACUGCGUGGAUCGUGACGCGUUGUGCGGCAGCUGGGCGCAAGGUGGCGCCUGCGGUACGUGGCCGGAGAUGCGGCAACGAUGUCCGCGUGUUUCUAGUCGCUUCGCUAUUCAGCAUCGAUCCCAUCGUGCCCGAAUUCAUCAUGCGAAGAAGCAUAAAGCUUUCCACAAGCCAAAUAAGAAAGGCUAA